AUGUGCAGUACUGUAGAGUGCUUAUCAUGUGACCGAAUGGCUUUCAAGAAACUACGUGGGAUUUUGACCGCUCUGAUCGCGACGAGUCCUGAGUACGGCAGGUUGAGCGGACCUCGGGCCAAGGAUUUCCUUACUUGCCGACGGCAAAUCACCGCAAGGAAGGCGGCCUCGGAGUUGGCACAAUUUCGGAAACGACAGCACUGUAUUGCAGGAUCUGGUGUCGCCCCUUUCUUUAUAAAACGGUGUACGCCAAGGCAGGAACCUGGCGCUGCUCCCGAAAACACUCACAUCCACACAGUAAACAUGAGCUUCUUCAGUCGGAGAUGUCGAAAGCAGCUAUCAAUGUCCAUAUUCGCAAUCUCCUGUAUCUGCUUGAUGUGUUCCAUCCUGCACUUGGUCUCUCGGCAAGCGCGAAGCAUUGGUGGAUUGACAACGCAAAACUUCACGGCGCUGUGCAACCACCAUGGGUGGCCGGAAUUUCCAAGACAGACAACUACGGUUCGAAAGGUCUACGACAUGUUCCUGAUCAACACAGAAAUCGACUGGUUAGAGAUCCGACUCGCCACUCUCUAUCCCGUGGUCGACUAUUUCAUCAUUGUGGAAGCUAGCAGGACUUUCACUGGCCUGCAAAAGGGUCUCCUUGUGAAAGAAAGCUGGCCAAAAUUCAGUCGAUUUCACGCAAAAAUGGUGUAUCACGAGGUUACAUACCCUUCUACCUUUACAGCAGCAGAUGCGUGGGAAACAGAAAUCUACACCCGGAACGCGUUGCUGAACCAGGCUUUACAGAAACUGGCUGGCCAACAGAAGCCGCAGCAACAAGACGUGCUCGUUGUAACGGAUGUGGAUGAAGUACCCAAGCCCAUGACGCUGGAAGUCCUCCGCCAUUGCCAGUUUCCUCGUCAAGUCACAUUACGGAGUCGUUUCUACUACUACAGCUUUCAGUUCCUUCACAGAGGUGUGGAAUGGUACGGCCCGAAAGCUACAUUCUACGAAGGAGAGAAUACAGUUCUACCGCACGACUUGAGAGCCAGCCAGGGCCUGAAGGCAGCCGAUCAAGCCGACAUGUGGAACGCCUCGUGGCACUGCUCUUCCUGUUUCGGCACGAUUGAAGAGUUUCGAGUCAAAAUGAAGUCGUACUCUCAUACCGAGCACAACUCGCCCCAGUACCUGGAUCAAGACUGGAUAAGAGCUCACGUAAGGACCGGAAAAGACAUGUGGGAACGGCCUGGCGAAUACUAUGAGCAGAUUGCGGACAACACGGACGUACCGCCUUAUAUUCUUGACAACCCCAAGAAGUAUAGUUACAUGCUGAAUAGGAGCGGAGAGAAUGCUGGUUUUCUGGACUAG